UUGAACGUGCACCGCCACCGAAGAAAUGGUCACCGUAUCGAGCGUUCUUGGCAGUACCAGCGCCGUCCUGGUGUCGCUGUUCAUAUUGCGCAAGGUGUUUCCCUGGAUUUAUCAAAACCUUAUCGGACCAAAGGUGUUCGGUUGCCGCAUUAAUCUGAAAAAGACUGGCGAAUGGGCCCUCAUCACAGGUGCAACCGAUGGCAUAGGAAAAGCGUACGCUCAAGCGCUUGCCCGCAAGGGACUCAACAUUAUUUUGGUCAGUCGAACCCUUUCAAAGCUACAGGAUGUGGCUAAAGAAAUUGAAACGGAAUUCAAAGUGCGCACGAUGGUUAUUGCCGCCGACUUUACUAGCGGUGGAGAAAUCUACGAACAAAUCCAGCGACAAAUCCAGAAUAUGGAAAUCGGUGUGUUGGUGAACAAUGUCGGCAUGAGCUAUGCGAACCCGGAAUACCUGCUGGAACUGCCGGACAACGAAAAGCUGAUUAAGAAUCUGCUCAGCUGCAACAUUCUGUCGGUGACGCGCAUGUGUCAGUUAGUUAUGCCCGGCAUGGUAAAACGGCACGCAGGUGUUGUGAUCAACAUUUCAUCACUGUCCGCCGUCAUUCCGGCCCCACUGCUGACCGUAUACUCUGCCUCGAAAGCAUACAUGGACAAAUUUUCCGAAGAUCUUGCCUCUGAGUACGCGAAACAUAAUAUAGUGGUACAAUCGGUACUACCCGGCCCGGUAGCUACCAAUAUGUCAAAGAUUCGGAAGAGUACCUGGAUGGCCUGUUCGCCUAAAGUGUUUGUGGCUAGCGCGAUCAGCACGCUUGGUCACACGCGUCAAACCACAGGUUACUUUCCACACGCUCUACUAGAGCUAGCGAUCAAUAUGUUGAGCUUCGUUUCACCACGCUUGAUGGAAAAGCUCACCAUCAAUACGAUGCAAAAUAUUCGGGCCCGUGCAAUGAAGAAGUCCACUACCCGAUCAUCAACAGCCGCCCCUUCGGGAGAAGCUACGACCCUUACUGGUUCGUCUUCGUAA